CUGAGCUCUAUGACGGCAGCUCUUGGACAGCAAAACCUGUGCAUGUUGCUAGCAAAAAAAACGUUAAUUUUCUGCACAUUUUAGCAGUUGUUCCUGCGAAAUAAACAGAAGGUUUUGGGGAAUAAGAGACUAUCUCACAUUCAGGGUAACUAAAGGGUUAAUGCGAGCAACUGACGUAAGGUAUAUAUAAACCGUUUUAUCAUCUCCUCCCUAAAUGAUAGGGGAGGCUUCAUAGCCUAGAAAAAAAAACAUAGAUUACCUAAUCUGCUGUUCCUUUUUGACAAUCAGAUAAACAGUUACUGAUGGCGACAAGUGCCAAGAGACCAUCCCUGCAGGGUCCCGUGCCGCCUCCUCGCAAGAAGACGACCCCCAAACCAGAGCUGACCGAGGAGCAGAAGCAGGAGAUCAGAGAGGCCUUUGAGCUGUUCGACACUGAUGGAUCCGGAUACAUAGACGUCAAGGAGCUCAAGGUUGCAAUGAGAGCGCUGGGGUUUGAACCAAAGAAAGAGGAGAUCAAGAAGAUGAUUGGCGACGUUGAUAAGGACGGCACAGGGAAAAUCUCCUUCGCUGACUUCCUCUUUGUCAUGACACAGAAAAUGGCCGAGAAGGACUCCAAAGAGGAGAUCCUGAAAGCUUUCCGCCUGUUUGAUGACGACGAGACGGGCAAGAUCUCGUUCAAGAAUCUGAAGAGAGUAGCCAAAGAGCUGGGAGAGAACCUCACAGAUGAAGAGCUGCAGGAAAUGAUAGACGAAGCAGACAGGGAUGGAGAUGGAGAAGUAAACCAGCAGGAGUUCCUGCGCAUAAUGAAGAAAACCUGCCUGUACUGAAGGAAGUGCACGGCAUUAGGGUUUGUGAUGUCGAGAAGACCAGUGGUGAUUUCACAGAUAAUGCUGCUCAUAUAUCCUUAUUAUCGUGUCGUGCCAUAUAUUUCCUUACACACUUUACGAGUGAAUCAAAAGGUUUCGCUGUCUCAUACUACACUGAAAGGAGGUUAUUAAAAACAUGUGGUUUACAUGAUAAUCUACAUUACAUUUGCCAAAAAAAAGUAAGAAUACUCUCGUUUGGAAUGCUGCAUACUUUUAUGAAAAAAAACAUUAAAUCACAGAAACGAUAUUAUGUAGGUUAUUUAUUGUCAAGAACUUCAGUGCCUACGUCAACACGGUGACAAACACAGUACAUUCCAAUACUUUGAUAAUACAAUGUGUGCAUUACGUUUGAUCCAUCUGUAGAUUGUUUGGUUUAAAUCAGUGUUUCAUGUUCUGGCUUUAGUAACCACUGAUUGGGGAGUGCUGUCUUACCUCAGUGCUUCCUGUGGCUGUGUGCCUGUGCCUCUUAAAAAGGCUUUAAAAUAUGAUUGGGUAUUUUUCUUGUAGCAUUGAGUAUUUAUCCCUCUGUUGUGUAAAACUACUCUAUAUAAUAUACAAAAAAACUCUGUAUUCUUGACUGUUUUGUAAGAUUCAUAUAGUGACUUUAAUGA